GAAUCUUCUUCGUCAGAGCAUAGGAGCGCUCACCUGAAGCAGAGCAGUAUGGGAGCAUCAUCCAGUUUACUGGAUGAAAAUAAAUCCAACUAUAUAAAAGGGCAAGUGGACGAGAAAAUGAAGGAGUUUGCACCGAUUUAUAGGAAACAAUAUUCUCUGGCUUACCUGUCCCAGAUCCGAGAUGAAUUUGAGCAACGCAAAGAGGAGCGCACACAGUUUCUCAAACAACGGGCCUCUCCAGAACCUGGAAAGGUGCUGUAUGAAGAGAAUGUGCAUUGCUUUGAUGACAGCAGGAGGUGGAAGGUUAGAUAUAUAGUAAUCCGUGCCACUUACGUCCUGGAGUGCUACGAGAGCUACAAGACGUUUUUAAAAGGGUCAGCUCCACUACACAGACUGAUGCCUACAGGGGGCACCAUUCUGACUACAGAAGAGAAAUACAUGGAAAUGAUUGACCAGUGCUGCCCUUGCACUAACAAUGUCCAGGAAGAUUUUGCACCUCCUGUGGUGGGCAUGCCAGGGCAGUUCCCGGUUUAUCUUAGACUUCCAUACCGCCAGGAUUUCUAUUUCUGUUUCCGAGAUGAGAACUUUCAAGUUGAAUUCAUCUCCAUCUUAUCUGACUGUGUUCGCCACCAGAACAAAGAUUUUCUCAAGAAGAAGACAUGUGAGGUUAAGGCUUUUCUCAAAGCCAUUCAGCUCUAUGGGCAGAAGAAAGGCCAGUAUGAAUCAUGGGAUAUGCUCACAGGCAGUGAUGUGCGGGGUCUUGCUAAUCUGUUCAUGGAAGACUUGAUGCCCUAUCUGGAGAAAGAACUGCAGCCAUGUUUGAAGAGCAAGAGGGCAGACAAGAGGAGAGUGUGGUUUGCGAUGGUUGAAGCUGCUUAUUUCCUGCUGCAAGAGCAUCUGCUGGAGAGGAUAUCCUCACUGAAGCAGGAGUGCCAAGAGAUGGUGAAACAGCAGGAGGUGCUCAUGCGCUCUGAUAUGGACCAGAUCACCAGCUCAAGAGCAUUCCUGGAGGGCAAACUCAGAGUAUUUGAUUAUGACAGCAGCACAGUGAGGAAGAGGAUCUUGCAGGAGGCUUUGAUCAACAUCACUCUACCCAGCAUCAAGAAGCACCUGGCCCCAUCCUUUAUAGAGGAACUACCCAAAUUUGAGCAAUACAUAUUUGCUGAUUAUACAAACUUCAUUAAUGUGGAAAACGUGUACGAGGACAUUAUCCAGGAGAUACUGGAAAAAGACGUCAGCAUGGUGGUCAAGGAGGCAGCCAGCAAGAAGAAAUUCAACCUGUUCACAGAGAGCAGGUACAAUUUCAGUGUGUCCAGCUUAUCCUUCACACCCCCAGGAUCCGCACCCAGCAGCCCAGCACGCUUAAAUACAUCCCCAAGCCUGCGCACGCCCCUGCCGCCCUCCCCGCUGCUGGGCAACGGCCUGACAGCAGACAAAUCCGUGACUGUUCACUUGUCAGAAAAUAGUGCAAAGGGUCAAGCUCUGACUAUCAUGGAAAAAAUCGAUGAAGGAGAAAGGACACUCUUAGAGGAGAGCAGUGAUGACGUAUUUUUCACUGCUGAAACAUCAACCUCGGAUACAUCAGCUGAGACUAAACCAGAACUCACCACAGACGCCAUGGAAGCUUCGGUCUGUUCCACCCCUUUAGUUAAGGAAACAGAAGCUGUAGAAAGUGCUGGUACUAGUGAUUCACCAAAAGGAGUUGAUGCAACUUCUUCAGACUUUGCUUAUAAACCCACAGUAGUAAUCAACCCAAUCUGUAUGAAAACCUCUGGUUCUGAUGAUGAGCCUGCUGAAACUGAGGAUCACAGGAAAGAAACGAUAAAGAUGUCAAAUGAUCAAGCCCAAAUGAAUUCACCAACAUGUGAUGAAAGCACAUAUCCGAUCGCAGUAUGUUUAUCUAUUGAAGAUGCAAAAGAUGGAGAUAUCUACAAAGAGUUCACAGGCAAACAUAUCAUGGAUCUUUCAGAAAAAGCCUCAGAAUCCCAGUCGUCACCAAACCUAGAGGAUGAAACCAGGCCCCUGGACUGUGUGAAGGAGAUCCGUGACCUUGUAGUGGAGGUUAUUGAAAUAGAGGAUGUGGUUCAGCCUUCCAAAGAAAAUGGAGAAAAAGUUCAAGUUCAAACGUUUGAGGAACAAGAUGCUGUAGUUUAAGUUUCAAUGACCAUGUCGGGUCGGGAUUCAAAACUUAUUCACCUCUCCAUUUUCUGUGAGAGGAGACAAAUUGUACAUUUUGAAGUUGGCUUCAUCAUUGUGCAGAAGGUAAUUAUAGUUUACUGUAGAUAUAUGUGUCUAUAUACGGCACCUUUCAAAAGUUUGGGAUCAGGAAGAUUUUUUUAAAAGAAAUUAA